AUGCCGCCCCAGAUCAAGCAAGAUCUCAACCGCUCAGGAUGGGAAACCACCGACUUUCCAUCCGUCUGCGAGACAUGUCUUCCUGAAAACCCUUAUGUCAAAAUGCUCAAAGAGGAUUAUGGCGCGGAGUGCAAAUUGUGCACUAGACCUUUCACUGUAUUCGCAUGGAGCGCCACGCGCGCGAAUGGCCGUAAGAAACGGACAAACAUUUGCCUGACCUGCGCGCGACUCAAGAACUGCUGUCAAUGUUGCAUGCUCGACCUUUCGUUUGGGCUUCCUAUCGUCGUACGCGAUGCUGCCCUGAAGAUGGUCGCUCCCGGCCCUCAGUCCGACAUUAAUCGAGAAUACUUCGCUCAAAACAACGAACAAUUGAUCGAGGAAGGAAAGGUUGGGCAGGAGGAAUACGAAAAAACAGAUGAGAAGGCGCGUGAGCUUCUACGAAGACUUGCGAAUAGUAAACCUUACUUUCGCAAGGGAAAAACUAUCGAAGAGGGCGAGAGUUCCAAGGGCGGAAAUGCAGUGGUUGGUGCUGGCCUCGGCGGACCUGGUCCUAUUCGAACUCGAGACUCAAAGGCAGCGGCAGCUGCGGGAGCCAAACCCGGCGGUAAAAGUCGUCAGGUUUUCCCUAGUGCUGCCCAGCUGCCUCCGAGUCCACGCGAUUGGCUGCCUCCUGCUGACAAGAAUAUUAUGUCUCUCUUCGUGACUGGUAUUGAGGACGAUUUGCCGGAGUAUAAGCUUCGGGACUUCUUCAAGGCUCACGGCAAGAUCAAGAGCUUGGUCUGUUCGCACAUGUCACAUUGUGCCUUUGUGAACUACGAGACUCGUGAAGCUGCAGAGAAGGCUGCAGAGGCAUGUCAGGGUCGAGCCGUGAUUGCUGGAUGCCCAUUGCGAGUUCGGUGGGGACAACCAAAGGCGAUUGGUACGAUGGACAAGGACCAAAGAACCCAGAUGAUGCGUGAUGCUAGGCAACGCCAGGGAAGCUCUCAGGCUGGAGGCUCGCGAGCGACCGAAGGUGGUGGCGGGUCUACGAACCGACCUGCAACUCUGCCUGCCCCUGUGGCAGCACCCCCAGGAGCUUCAGAUACCCCUGCCUACGCUGCUCUCUCUGGAGACUAG